UAUUAAUAGAGUUCAGACUCUUAUCAUCUCCUAGAGCUCAGAGCCUCCUCUCUCUCUCUCUCUCUCUCUCUCUCACUCUCAAGGUACGAAUUCCUAACCCUUUCCCCAAUUAGCUCAUUUUCUAGGGUUUUGUUGUUCAAUUUGCUUAUUAUAGGGUAAAAUUCAUACCUUUUUGCUCUAAAAAUAGCUUCUUUACUCCAAAAUCAAUGGUUAUGGGUACUGGGAUGAACGAAAUCCAUAAAAAUCAAUUCUUUCUUCACCAAGAUCAGUUCUUGGACAUCCCCUUUCAAACCCUAAUUGAGAAUUCGAGCCCCGAAAGAGAUUCUCACGAUGAUUCCGAGAUUUUCUCGGAUAUUGCCCUAAAUUAUAUACACCAGAUGCUUAUGGAUGAAGAUGAUAAAAUCGAUAAUUUCCAUGAGUAUUCCGCUCUUGAAGCCGCCGAAAAACCCUUUUAUGAGAUUUUAGCGCAACAAUACCCUCCAAAUUCUAACCCUAGAUCGCAUAGUCCUGAUAGCACAAGCCCUCAUUAUGCAAAUUCUAGUAGCUUUACUGGUGAGGGUAGCAGCAGCAGCAGUAACGGAGUGAUUGAGAGCAAUGUCCCCCAUGAAUACUCAGAAUCCCAACUGCCCUUUGAAUUCGGCAGCCAACCCUUGUUCAAUUCUAUAAAUAGCUAUAGGAAUACCUUUCAAGGGUCAUGGGAUGGUCUCAAUGGGGUUCCCAAUCCCUUUCUCGAGAAUUUGCCUGCUUGGAGUUUUAACAAGGGAGUUGAGGAGGCUCGUAAGUUUCUUCCUAGUGACGAUAAGUUGGUUAUAAAUUUGGAGAGUAAUAAGUUCUCGGUGCCAUUUGAGCCUAAAGAAGAGAGGAAGUUUGUUGAGGUGAAGCCGGAGAAGGAGGAGAGGGAGUUUCUCUAUUCGAGCUUUGGAUCGAGGGGUAGAAAGAAUCCUCAUAGUGAUGAUGAUACUAGUUUGGAGGAGGGGAGGAGUGUUAAGCAGUCCGCAGUUUCAAAUGAUGAUGCUCUGAGAUCCGACGAGUUCGAUGAGGUGCUCCUUUGCCAUGGUGAUACGUUUCCUAAAGCCAUUAAUGACAUUAGAGAAGCAUUGCAGCAUGUUGUUGCUAGCAAGAGCUCUCAAAAUGGCCAUGGCAAAGGACGAGGGAAGAAGCAAACAAAGAAAGAGGUGGUUGAUCUUAGGACCUUAUUAGUCCAUUGUGCACAAAUGGUAGCUGCUGAUGAUCAAAGAAGCACAAAUGAGUUAUUGAAACAGAUUAGACAACACUCAUCACCAACUGGCGACGGGUCUCAGAGGCUUGCUCAUUACUUCGCCAAUGCCCUCGAGGCUCGCCUAGCUGGCACUGGGAGAGAGAUAUACAAUUCUUACAGGGUGAAGCGAAGAACUGCUACUGAUUAUUUGAAGGCAUAUCAGCUAUACUUAGCUGCUUGCCCUUUCAAGAAACUCUCCCAUUUCUUCUCAAAUCAAACCAUUAUGAAUGUAUCAGAGAAGGCAAAGAGCAUUCAUGUAGUGGAUUUUGGCAUCAGUUUUGGGUUUCAAUGGCCUUCGUUGAUUCAAAGACUCUCAGCUAGGCCAAAUGGUGUGCCUAAGCUUAGAAUCACAGGAAUUGACCUCCCUCAACCAGGAUUUCGACCUGCAGAGAGGAUUGAAGAGACUGGGCGAAGGCUUGCUGAUUAUGCUAGGAGCUUCAAUGUUCCAUUCGAGUAUAAACCCAUUGCUUCAAAAUGGGAAGAUGUUCGUGUCGAGGAUCUUGAAAUUGACAAGGAUGAAGUGCUUGUUGUUAACUGCUUGUUCCAGUUCAGGUAUCUUGCAGACGAGACAGUGGUUGUUGAUUCACCGAGAAAUAUGGUGCUGAAUACUAUAAGAAAGAUGAACCCUGAUGUUUUCAUUCAUGGUAUUGUUAAUGGCUCGUAUAGUGCUCCUUUCUUUGUGACAAGAUUUCGCGAAGCUUUGUAUCAUUUCUCAGCUUUGUAUGAUAUGCUUGAGACUAUAGUCCCUCGUGAAGAUGAACAAAGGCUUCUGAUCGAGAGGGAGAUCUUCGGACGAGAAGCUCUUAAUGUGAUUGCUUGUGAAGGAUUAGAGAGGAUGGAGAGGCCUGAGACUUAUAAGCAGUGGCAGGUACGGAACCUGAGGGCUGGAUUUGUGCAACAUCAUGUGAAUCGAGAUAUAGUGAAGAAAUCAAGGGACAAAGUGAGAAAAUACUAUCACAAAGAUUUCAACAUAGAUGAAGACAGCCGGUGGUUGCUUCAGGGGUGGAAGGGGCGAAUCGUCUAUGCUCUCUCUUCAUGGAAACCUAGUCAUGUUUAGUAGUAGUUUUUUGUUGAAGAUUUGAGCAUGUUGGUUCUUCUUGAAUAAGCCUUUCUUCUCAUGGAUGAUGAGGUUGUUCUUGGCCUGACUUUUUCGAAGGAUGACGGUCUACGAGUUCACUGUACAUGAUUCUUUCUAGGGGUCGAAGUCUUCCGAGCUGUGAGACUAUAGGAGUGACUGGGACAAAAUAGGAAUUAGAAAUGUUGUCGAAAUUUAAGGAAAUACGGAGGAGGUUCAUGUUAUUACACUGCUUAGGUAUGUAAUAUUCUUUGCACGUUUGUUUUGUACGGGUCGACGUAAUUGGUUGUCUUUGAGGUUCAUGUUUUUGGUUGUGUUUUAGCCUUCAUUGUAUCCUCUUCAUGUAUGCAUAUCGUUAAGCGGCAGCCUUUUAUGAAGUAACAUCGAUCUUUGUUGUUGAUU